CUUUCUGUUGAUGUCAGCAGUUAAUUCAGCAAACACCUUUUCCUCUAACAUCCCUAGCCUAGCUACUGAACAGUGACACCAACUCCUUCAUGCAACUGGGCCAGCCAGCACAUCAACACGUCGACUGGUGGGGAGUAUUUAAUCGGAUCUGGAUGAUGGCAGCUGGAGCAAAUCUUCUCUGGAGCAUUCUACCAAACUUGCUAGUGUUUCUUCCCAAUUACCAAACAUCUCCAUCCAACUCAGCUCAGAAUGUGACACAGAUAAUCCCCAUCUCUGACCUCGUCCACACGCCUUUCUCAGAGGAGAGGAGGCUGCAGUUUCUACAAGACACAAAGAGAAUGUUUUAUUUUGGUUACGAUAACUACAUGACUCAUGCGUUCCCAUUUGACGAGCUGAAUCCAGUCAAUUGCACGGGACGAGGACACGACUGGAUUGAUCAGUCCAAUGUGAAUGUGAAUGAUGCUCUGGGUGACUAUAGUCUGACACUGGUGGACACGCUGGACACGUUAGCAAUAAUGGGCAAUGCUAGUGAGUUUAUGAGAGCAGUGCAGCUGACGGUGGACAAUGUCUCCUUCAGCGGACCUUGCACAACUGUGCAAGUAUUCGAGGCCACCAUUAGAAUAUUAGGUUCUCUUUUGUCUGCUCACCUGCUGAUCAAGGAUUCAGAUAAACCCUUCGGCAGUUUGACCCCAACCGGCUAUACUAAUGAGCUGCUGUCUCUGGCUAAUGACUUGGGAGCGAGACUGCUACCAGCCUUUGAGAACAGUGCCACUGGCCUGCCCCAUCCAAGAGUGAACCUGUGCUAUGGUGUGCCUGAGGGCGAGCUUAUGGAGACCUGCACAGCUGGAGCAGGCACACUCACACUCGAGUUCACUCUACUCAGUCGGUUACUAGGAGACCCGGUCUAUGAGAAUGCCGCUAGGAGGGCUGUGCGGACACUCUGGGAUCACAGACACAGGCACACUGGGCUAGUGGGGAAUGUGAUCAACAUUCAGACUGGUCAGUGGGUUGGUAGGAUGGGUGGACUUGGAGCUGGCAUUGACUCCUAUUACGAGUACCUGCUCAAGUCUAACAUUCUGUUUGGUGAGAGAGAGGACUUGGAGAUGUUCUAUGAGAUGUAUGCCAGCAUCAUGAAGUACCUCAGGAGAGGGCGUCGAUGUCAGGAUGUGUUCAAGGACGUGGGAAAUGGGGGGAGCCCGAUGUUUGUUAAUGUGGACUAUGCCUCAGGCAAGCAGCUCAACUAUUGGAUGGAUUCUCUCUCAGCCUCCUUCGCUGGACUGCAGGUGCUGGCUGGAGAUCUGGAAGAGGCCAUUUGCACACACGCCCUCCACUACUCCAUCUGGCGGAGAUACGAGGCACUUCCCGAGAGGUUUGACUGGCAACAGAAGUCACCCAACGUCAGAUUCUACCCCCUCAGGCCAGAGCUUGUAGAGUCCACCUACUUCCUGUACCAGGCUACUCAGAACCCCUUCUAUCUCCACGUGGGAGGCCAUAUACUGGAGAGCCUGAACAGACACACCAAAGCAAGGUGUGGAUACACUACCCUCCAUGAUGUGGUGAGCAAGACUCAGGAGGACAGGAUGGAGAGCUUCUUCCUCAGCGAGACCUGCAAGUACCUGUACCUGCUGUUUGACACUGAUAACGAGGUGAACAAGAACUCACUUAAGUAUAUAUUCACGACCGAGGGUCACCUGAUCAAACUAGACCCGUCCCUCCGACACAAUGUCUGGGAGGAGUUUAAAUUCCCUCGUACAACCGACGGUUGCUACGGGAGAUGUGAGGGGGACAGAGCUGUUGCUAAGACUGAUCAAAGCUUCGUUUCUCACUCGUGCACCCCCCACUCUGCUCUGAGGAAGUACGCUCUACCACUGUCCAGAGAGAGGCUCGGAGAGAUUGAGGCUAUGGUCGGACUCUAUGGCAACCAGCAGACAUAGAACACGCUUAGUGCUUGCUAGGAUCACAAUGUUCAUCAUUUUCACUAUUUGUACAAUUGGAGUCAUAAUUAUAGCAUACAAAUCAACAAAAAUUAUUUGGCAAUAA